GACGAACAGACGCGGGAUUAACUAUGGCGUUUCUUCAUUGAGUCUAAUUGGGAAACAUGGCCAUUAAAACCGAAUUAAGCUUAUUCGGGAGAGGCAGGGAUGUGCGCGUCUCUUUCGCCUUUCCCCGGCGCUCGAGAAGCUUCUCUGAAAUAACAAAGCACCCAAUGCAACUGGGGAGAGGACAGUUAUUAUUAUUUGCACAUUUUCCUUCCAUCUCCUCCGGGCCGGCGGCACUCACCCUAUCUUCGACUUGGCGCCUUUGUGCCUGGCAGAAUUGAUAACAUGGCAAGCCCAGAAAAAGAUAAUUACAGAAUGAAAAGUUAUAAAAACAAUGCUCUCAAUCCCCAAGAAAUGCGAAGACGAAGAGAAGAGGAAGGCAUUCAGCUUCGGAAACAAAAAAGGGAAGAACAAUUAUUUAAACGUAGAAAUGUUUCUCUGCUGGCCAGUGAAGAGUCAAUGCAGGAGAGUCCAAUCCAGGAUCCUGAUGUGAGCUCUACUGUUCCAAUUCUAGAGGAAGAUGUGAUUACAUGUGACAUGGUACAGAUGGUUUUCUCAGAUGAUCCUAGUCAACAACUUGCAGCAACCCAGAAGUUCAGAAAGUUACUUUCUAAAGAACCUAAUCCUCCAAUUGAUGAAGUUAUUCAAAAAACAGGAGUUGUGGAGAGAUUUGUCAAGUUUCUAGAAAAAAAUGAUAAUUGCACUCUUCAAUUUGAAGCAGCAUGGGCUCUUACAAAUAUAGCAUCUGGAACUUUCUUGCAUACCAAAGUAGUAAUUGAAACUGGAGCAGUCCCAAUUUUUAUUAAACUAUUAAAUUCUGAACAUGAAGAUGUCCAGGAGCAGGCAGUGUGGGCCCUUGGUAAUAUUGCUGGAGAUAAUGCAGAAUGUAGAGAUUAUGUAUUAAGCUGUGGAAUACUUCCUCCACUCUUACAACUCCUAACACAUUCUAACAGGCUCACAACUACCAGAAAUGCAGUCUGGGCACUUUCAAACCUCUGUAGAGGCAAAAACCCACCUCCAGAUUUUAGCAAGGUUCGUCCUUGCUUAGGUGUUCUAUCAAGACUGUUGUUUAGCAGUGACUCGGAUGUAUUGGCAGAUGCUUGCUGGGCCCUCUCUUACCUUUCCGAUGGACCGAAUGAUAAAAUACAAGCGGUUAUCGAUUCUGGGGUUUGCAGAAGAUUAGUAGAACUUCUGAUGCACAACGACUACAAGGUCGUGUCGCCUGCAUUAAGAGCAGUGGGAAAUAUUGUGACUGGUGAUGACAUUCAAACACAGGUAAUUCUAAAUUGCUCUGCAUUACCCUGUCUCUUACAUUUGCUGAGUAGUCCCAAGGAAUCUAUUCGAAAAGAAGCAUGCUGGACAGUAUCUAACAUCACUGCAGGAAACAGAGCACAAAUUCAGGCCGUUAUAGAUGCAAAUAUAUUUCCAGUAUUGAUUGAAAUUCUUCAGAAAGCUGAAUUUCGUACUAUAAAGGAAGCAGCAUGGGCCAUCACUAAUGCAACAUCAGGAGGGGCUCCUGAACAAAUUAGUUACUUAGUGGCAUUAGGUUGUACCAAACCUCUAUGUGAUCUUCUGACUGUGAUGGACUCUAAAAUAGUCCAGGUAGCCUUGAAUGGACUUGAAAACAUACUGCGACAUGGAGAACAAGAAUCAAAGCAAAAUGGAAUUGGAGUGAAUCCUUACUGUGCCCGUAUAGAGGAAGCAUAUGGACUGGAUAAAAUUGAAAUCCUUCAAAGUCACGAAAACCAAGAAAUCUACCAAAAAGCUUUUGAUCUCAUUGAACAUUAUUUUGGUGUGGAAGAGGAAGAUGCAAACAUUGUGCCCCAAGUAGAUGAAAACGAACAGCAAUUUGUGUUCCAGCAACAGGAAGCCCCCAUGGAGGGGUUCCAGCUGUAACCCUUGGCUCAAAGGACAGGAGCACUUUUGUGGUGGCCUUCAUUUGCUGCCCUGAUGGGGAAUGUUUUGCGGAAGAAGAUAAAGGAGCAACUUAUGGACUCAACAUGUGCUUUUUUUUUUUCUAUUGUGUGUUGCCAUUGUCUCGUUUCUAGAAAUACCAACUAUUCACAAGGUACAAAAUAAUGUUACCUUAAAGCAGACAGCAGAUUCUGAGUUUUCAAGCAGUUGUUAAAAUUGCACCAUUAUCCAUAAACAGCUGUGAUAUUUUGGAUUUUGGCGGUGUGGUUUAUAUGCCCAAGCUACACUAAAAUCUACCUCUAUUCCUUGGAGCCAAAAAGAUGUUUCAGAACUAUAGACAGGAGCUCCUAGUAAACAUUAAAUUUAGAAUGUGAAAAUUAUUUAUUUAAAUAGUGAAAAUAUAGUUUUAUUGUGAUACUUUGAGACAAACUGGGGAAAUAUAUUUAAAAGCAACACUUCUAGGAGCACGUUGCUGGUUACAUACCAUAACAUUAAGUGUUAUGUCAAAAAUGCAGUAUUUCUGCUGUUUAAAAAGAGGUAGCCAGUUUCAAUUUGUAGUUCAUCCAGACUUGUUCCUAGUUAUGUAAAGGAAGUUCCGUCAUCCUUUUUAAUUUCUGUGGAAUUGCAAAAGUUGCCAGUGCUUGAACUAACUACUACAGCUGAUUUUUUAAACGACAGGUUGAUGACAUGUGGAAAGCUUUAUCUGCUAAUAUUUGUCCAUUAAAUUGCUGGAGUUUGUUUUCUACCUAGUAUAAACUUAUCAAUUAGAAAAGUAUGUUUAUAUUGUAAUGAUUAUUGUAAGGGAACUUUCUAUACUAGGAAUUCUGAACUGAAAUAUCCAUGUUUAACUUAAAAGCUACUAAAGUGUGUGAGGCUGCAAUAUACCUUUUAAAGAACAAAAUUAGAUUAUUUAUUUACAUAGUGUAUUGUGUUUGACCAAAUAUAUGAAUGCAUUAUAAAAACCCCUUUUUAAAUGUUUGGCAAUUUUUUCUAACUUAUUGAAAACAGAUCACCAAAAGUAUAUUUUCUAACAGACAGCAGUAGCACUGGGAAAGAUCAUUUUCCAAUUAAUUGAAAGAAAGCACUUGAAUAUACAAUUAUCUGUGAUAACAUAUGUAAAAUAAGUUUAUAUAAUACUGGUGAAUUUUAUUUUACACUAGAAUGAACACUUGAGACUGUUUGUUUUAGAGUCUGAAUCUUAUAUGAAUUGGGAAGGGUAUAGCCCAGUUCAAGUACUCUGAUAAUUUUGCUUAUCAGAAAUGUCUUGGUCUGUAUAAUACUUUUUAAAAAGUUAUGUAUCAUACCUACAAGUGAUUGCCUUUUUAAAAUACUGUAUAAAUUUCAAAUUCAUGUAUCAAAUUUUCAAAAAGUAGUUUGCAUUCAGUGAAAUACAUGUUCACUCGUGAACAUGUAUUUGAGUUAAAAUACUGCUCUUUUUGUCAUAUUCAAGUUCCCCAAGAUUGAUUUGCCAAGGAAAAUAAGUCAUAAUUGGCCAUUGUGCCAUGCAUCUUAUGUCAUUGUUACAGAAACCCCUUUGUUUCAGUGUUAGAUCAAUAUUAGAGGUUUCUGAAUGAAGCUGUUAGAUUACUUAGUUUUCAUGUGGGUCAGGAAUAAAAGACUAAAGUGCUCAAUUCAGCUGCUUCCUGCAUUAACUACUGUCAUGGCCUGUGGAGCUUGUUCUAUAUUUCCAUUGUAGUAGCUGACAUAUAUUUCUACUACAUACAAGAUUCACUGCAACAUGACCCAUAGCCUUCACAAAGGCAGUAUAACAAUAAUAUUUACUCACAAAGAAUUGUGGAAGUACCGCUUGCCUUGGAAAAUAUAAGCUUAUAUGUAUGAAUAGAGGAUCAUAACUGAGGAAGCCACCUUAUUUGGAAACUUGCUGGAAAUACAGUGCAAGAUAUAAGAAGUCUGCUUAAAUCUGCAGCUAGAUAUCCUAUAUCUAUCAAGGGAUAAUGGGAUUUGAGUAUUAGGGAUGUUUUAUAACCAUUUGUAUCAUUCAUUCCAAGUACAGUUUAAAUUUGCCAAUUGAAACUGAAUUUAUCAGAAUUACUCUAGAAUGUUAAAAAAAAAAAAGAGGUUGUGACAGGGUAUACCAUUGUUUGUUUGCUUAUUUGCAUUACAAAAUUACCAGUUGUGCCUGCUCUUAAUUUCCAAAUGAAUAAAUAAAUGCUAUCAAAGCAUUUUUAUCCAAACAAAAUGUAAAAUUACAUAAGAUUUAGAAAAAGCAAAAAUCUCAAAUGUGAAUGAACACAACUGUUUUGAAAUUUCAUCGUAUAGAUCAUGAGUAUGAUAAUUUCUAUAUAUUGCUAAAGACAUAAUUUUGACCUUAAUUUUGAAUGCUUAAGUAUUACUAUUGGGUCAUCAUCAAAUUCUCUUACAAAUGACAUUUAAAAACAUUGCAUGAUUUAGAAAGAUUUCAGGAAUUGGCCCUUUAAUAGAGGAGGCAUCAACAGCAUCUACAGAAAAAAAUAAUCCUAAAUAGUACAUCUUUGAACAAUUUAAAAAAGAUUUCAGAUUUAAGAAUUCCUUCCUAUUCAAGUUGACACAUUCUCAUGUAAUGGCCUGAAUUUGACAAGACUUUAAACUAUGCAACCAUGCCAAGUAUGUAUUUCAGAUACAAAAUAUAAUGUGUUUUUUACUCAAGCAGGUUUACAUUUAGAAAAUAGAUGGAUUAUGGUCUUAAAGCAAAGUACAAUUACUUUUACCUAUUAUCUCAGUUGGAUUUAUUUGCUGACGCCUUAUUUACAUUUUGUUAUAUUAAUGAACUAAAAAUGUCUUUAGAAAAUGUAUAUUAUGAAACUGCUAAAGAAUUGAGAUGAGAUCUAUAAAAAUACACAAUACUUUUUUUUAUUGUGUUUCAAAUGAUCACCUGUAAUUUAUUGCAUCUGACAAACUACAGACUGAACAAAUCUACAAAUAAGAACAGUAUGCAAUAUUAGGGAAUGUUACUCAACACUACAAUGCAAAAGUAAUAAAUGUAUUUUACGUGAUA